UUAAAUUUUUGGUUUUUUGAGCCCCUGACUUUAUAAAUUCAUAACACUUUGAGUCCUUCUGUCAAGAUUCCGUCUGUUUGACCGUUUGGGCUAGGGGUAAGACCGUCCUUUUGCUCUAUUUCCCUUCUAAAAACCCCAAAUUAACUAUUAAAGCCCUAAUUCACUCCCGCCAAAACAAGAAGACAGUUGAGUGUGCGACAGAGAAACCAAAAGCGAUGGACUUCACAUGGCGUCUUCGUCCUCAAGGUGAAUACUACGAUCCUGAAGAUAUAUAUGGGGAUGAACCUAGAGUAUUUUCUGUAAAGAUUAACCAUGGAGGUGAGUUUACUGAUUAUCCAGGAAGGGAGUAUGUCAACGGUAAGGUUAGUUACAUUGACUGGGUUGAGUUUGAUAAGUUUAGUGUUGAUGUUCUUCGUGAAAUGCUGAAAGAUAUAGGUUACUCUGUAGAUGAUGUGUUCAAUUUUUUUGUUAAGGAUCCUAAUGUCUGUUUGGAUUUUGGUCUUAGACACUUUACUGAUGAUGAUGAGUUAGAUUAUGUGUAUGACCAACUUAGAAAAGGAUGCAAGUUAGUAGAUUUGUAUGUUGAAAUAGGAGAAUCUAGAAUCAAGGAUUCAACUGUAAUGAGCUUGGCUUUACUAGAUAAUGUGGGUGAAGAUAAUGUGGUUGAGGAUGAGUCAGAAAGUAGCGAGGCAGUUUCUGAGGGUGAGUCAGAAAGUAGUGAUAAAGAGAACAGUGAUGAAGAAGAUCCAGAUUACACAUUUGGUCAGGAACCAGAUAAUCCAGUGUUUGAUUAUGAAGUAGAUAUGAGUCAGUUCAAGGCAUGUGUUGACUUUGAUCCUGAUGAAGUCAAUGAGACAAUUAGGGAUGCUAGAAAUGAGAAUACUGAAGAAGAACUUAGGCAGGAAGAUAUAACUUGUGAUCAUGAGGAUUUUAGUGAUAAAGAUGAUAACUGUACACUGCUGGAGAAGGUUGCCAAGAAGGUAAGGAAGAAAAGAAAAAUUACAGGUAAUGUUAGUGACUCAUACCUCCCAUUUUCAAUUGGUCAAUUAAUACCAGAUAAAAAACAAUUGAAUGACAUGGUUAAGACAUAUGCUGUUAAGAGUAGAAGGCAGAUUUACAUAUUAAAAAAUGAUAAGUUGAGGUUCAGAGUUAUUUGUCUUGGGACUAAUCCUACUUUGGGUUCUACUGAGGGGCAGAAUAGUAAAUUUAGAGGGGUAGGGUUAAAACAAGAUAAAAGGCACUUGAAGCCCACUUGUCCUUGGGCGGUUCAGAUCUCCAGGAGAACUGAAAAGGAAUCUUGGUGUGUGAAAACCAUUACCUCACAACAUCAUUGCCUCCAAACAAGAGAAGUGGGCCUGUACACCAUGUCUCAGAUAGCUAAGGAGAUCCAACCCAUGAUCGAGUCAAACCCUGACAUGCCUUUGCCAGCCAUACAGGAUAUGCUUGUGAAGAACCAUCAGUUGAAUGUUUCAAUCCAGAAAGUGUUUAGGGCUAAAAGAAUUGCUACAACAAGGAUCAUUGGAGAUUAUAGAGAGCAGUAUGGUAUCCUAAGGUCUUAUUGUGAAGCACUGUUGAGGGCAAAUCCAGGUAGCACAAUUAUAAUAGAUUGUGAACCCUGUGCUAACCCUAGUCUUCCUACAAUUCAAGAGAUGUUAUGUUUGUUUUGCUUCUAUUAUGAGAGGGUUCAAGAUGUGUGGUAGAGAAAUAUUGGGACUAGAUGGAUGUUUUAUGAAAGGUCCAUUUCCAGGACAGAUUCUUACUGCAGUUGGUGUUGAUGGCAACAAUGGUAUAUAUCCUGUAGCAUAUGCUUUAGUGGAGGCUGAAACUUUUAAAUCUUGGGAAUGGUUUUUGGAAUUACUCAAAGAUGAUCUUGGCUUAGGAGACAGUACCAACUUCACUUUCAUCUCAGAUAGG